GAUCGUGGACGCCUCUGUAUGAGGUUGAGCGCAGCAUGGGGAAAAGACGGCCGUAUAAGCAGUACCUGUGGGACCCUUCUUCCGAAGUGCCGACCCGCACGAAGCAUCGACUUCGAAAAGAAGCAGAAAAAAGAAAACGGGAAGCGCUUGUGCUCACAUCCAGUGACAGCGAACUCUCCGACUCGGAGCUGAGUCCUGGCAUUCCACAAGUGGACAGUCCCGGGAGCGCAUCGAUGACCGUUCUGGACGAAGAAAAUGCAAGUGUAGCCUCAACGUCUGGUCAAAGAAGCGUAGCAAAUGAACGUUUCACGGAAGAUCCGGUGUCGGAGUCGCCCUCGUCCGAAGGCGAAGACGACCCCCCGAGUUCAGAAGAGGCAGGGGCCAAAAGGGAAACGGAUGAACCACUGUAUCAAGGGGCCAAGCUGACGAGAGCGGAAAGCCUGAUAAUGGUGAUGAGCCACAGCCUGCGGUACGACUCUUCGAAGGAAUCAACCGAGAGCCUUCUGAAGCUUGUGGACUCCCAUCUUCCGGAGGGAACAGUUUUUCCCAGGUCGAAGUUUUUAUUUUUUAAGCAUUUUGCUGGGGACGAAGCCAGUAAGGCAAUGUAUUUAUACUGCCCCCAAUGCGUAUGUAAUCUGGGGAAAGUGACUGCAUCUCUCUUAGAAGUAUCCUGCUCAGUCUGUAGUACUGUUUAUAGAGCAGAUGAUCUUGUGUCGAAGGGUGCUUAUUUUGUUUUUUUGGACCUUAAGUCCCAGGUUCGGGACAUUUUGUUGAGUGGGAGCCUGAGCACUCCAGGAACGUUGGAGUAUGAUGUGCAGGACAUCACACAAAGCUCUGCCUACCACAGCCUUCCGCUGAAAGAGGGGGAUCUCAGCGUAACGUGGAAUACCGAUGGUGUUCCGCUUUUCGAGUCUUCGAAUUACAGCAUUUGGCCUUUGCUUCUGUUUGUGGUUUGGCCCUAA